AUGGGUUCUUUGUCAAACCCGAACCGGAUUGUCACCGUUCGACGAUCAAAGCGAAGAGGCCUGCUUGCCUCUUUCACUCUGAUCCCAGAGGUCGAGAACCCGUAUCAUUAUUCCAACGUGGUGAAAUGGUUCAUUACGUUUAUUGUAGCGUUUGCUGCAGCGACAACUUCCCUUGGCAGUGCCAUCAUCUUUCCCUCCGGGCUUCAUUCCACCACAACACUAGUCAACUUGUCCGUCGCCCUCUACAUGCUCAGUUUGUCUUUUUGUCCACUCUGGUGGUCAGCAUAUAGCGAGACGGCUGGUAGACGCACCGUUUACAUUGCUUCGUUUUCGCUCUUUGUUCUCUUUGCCAUCAUCUCGGCUGUGGCAAAAUCAAUGGGUACUUUUAUUGCCAUGCGCAUGAUUUGUGGUGGCGCUGGAGCAUCCGUUCAAGCAGUUGGGGCAGGGACGCUAGCGGAUAUCUGGGAGCCGUCAGAAAGAGGGAAAGCCAUGGGAAGAUUUUACAUUGGGCCUCUGUGUGGUCCUCUACUUGCUCCCGUCAUUGGAGGAUUUCUAACUGCUCGAUGGGGAUGGAGAAGUACUCAAUGGUUCUUGGUAAUAUACGGAGGUGUAUCAUUCGCUCUCCUGCUUGUAGCUUUGCCAGAAACAACCAGAAACUUGAAUACCUCUCAAGCACCCGGACAGCAACAAAAUGAGCUCUCGGUGAGCCAUGAUUCACAUGCAAUCUUGGCCGUUACUCUCAAGACUCAAAGAACUCUGCGCCACCUGCGGCACCUAUUUCUGGACCCUUUAAAGAUGAUAUUUCUCCUCCGUCAUCUUCCCAUACUCUUCACAUCUUACUAUGCGGCUCUUGCCUUUGGAUCGCUUUAUAUCCUCAAUAUUUCUAUACAGAAAGUCUUUGCGGAGCCGCCUUACGGUUUCUCUGUGUCCAUACUAGGUCUAUGUUACAUACCUUCCGGGCUAGGUUUCUUGUUAUCUGCCCUAUUCGGCGGGAAAUGGGCCGACUACAUCAUGAAGAGAGAAGCGAAACGGAGGGAAGUGUACGACGAGAGAGGCAACCUCUCACUGAAGCCCGAAGACAGGAUGAUGGAAAACGCAUGGGCCGCAGCAGUGGCGUUUCCUGCAGCAAUGAUUUGGUAUGGGUGGACAGUUGAUAAAGGUGUCUUUUGGGUCGCGCCGUCAUUCAAGAUGUUUGCCAAUUUUGUCUUUGGUCUCUCCACGAUGCUCAUAUUCAGCUUGGCCGUGACGAUGCUGACAGAGUUUAUUCCGCGUAAACCCAGCUCAGGAGUCGCUGUAGCGAACUUUUUGCGCAAUAUAUUCUCCUGCGCAGGCAUCCUGUUGGGGGAUCCUUUAUUACGCAUAGAGGGCUAUGGGUGGAUGUUCACGGGUCUGACAAUUCUCGCGUCGUCUGGAAUUGGGGUUGUGUGGUGGAUGAGGAACAAAGGCACCAUUUGGAGGGAGCAAAACAUGGCCAAGCUAGGAUGA